UGAGAAGUCCCGCAAUUUGCCAUCUGCAAGAUGGAGACCCAGGAAAGCACAAUUCAGUCCGAGUCCAAAGGCCUGAGAACCAGGGGAGCCGAUGUUGUAAAUCCCACUCUGAUGGCUGAAGAAGACAAGAUGAGAUGUCCCAGCUCAGUCAUCGAGGCAGGAAAAAAAAGGAGUGAAUUCCUCUUAACCCAAAACUUUGUUCUAAAAGAGAAAAUAAUAUCUAGAACACAACAUCAUUUAUGUAAAUUAAUAACACUAAAUAUUUCUCAAAGAUAAAUCUAUGCUUGCAUACAGGAACAUACAGUAAACAUCGUACAGUGGGUACUUAUGUGGAGGAGAGGAAAACGGUAGUAUCGCUGAAGAUAAAAAAAUAACAGAACAAGAGAGGAGACUUGAAAAGACUAGUGCUGACAAUCUGCCACAAGCACGAGAGACAGCAGAUCUUGGAAUAGAUAGACUUCAAUUCAAAUUCCAGUUCUAUCACCUCGGUUUCCUCAUAUAUCAAAUGGAGAUGAUAAGAAGGAUUAUUCCUUCUUCAAAGGGCCCUUGUGAGAAUUAGGUGAAGUAAUUUUUGUGAAGCACUUGGCACAGUGCCUGCCAUGUGCCACAACACUCACACUACAGCCCUCGCUGAGAGUGAGCUGGUGUCAUUAUCGUCAGCAACAGCUGCACUAUCUGAUUAUCAUCAUCCUCAUCACUGAGACAUUUUAUUCAUCAGAAUUAUCAGAUGAUGGCGUAUCUUGUCCAGAAACUAUGUCAUGAGAGGCUGUGAAGAAUUGCUCAGGUAACAAAUGAUAAUUGCUAAAUUUCUCUGCAUAGUAAAGGGGUGAAGAAUUAGAAUUUCUGCAGGGAAAAGUCCUCGAUGGAGAAAAAGAUCCAACUUGGGGAAAAUGCAGAAGAAAGCCUGGAAUAAAGAAAUGUUGGGUGGAAGAUUCUGCAAGCCAAAUUCUGAGCACUGUAUGAUGUGAACCCUCCCAGUGAUUCUAGAGAUUUUCAGGGAAGACUGUAUACCUCAUGUAUUUUGGGUGUAAUCAGGUUUCUUGUGGAAUCUGGUGAAGAGGCUGAGAUCUGAGUUAUGAGUGAGAAGAAGCCAAAACAGCAUCAGCUUAUGUAGACAAAGGUGAUAGACAGCUGAUGGGUGGGUUACGUUUCUGUCAUAGAGGUGGAGGCCUGGUGCAGAAGCCAGACCUCUGGGGCAACUGUAGAUGAUGCAGCCAGUUUAUGGUCUCUGUCCUCAGUGUCCAGCUCUCUCCCUCCCCUGCUCCUGAGCACCUUAUCAAACACCCCCCCCCCCUACUUUUAGACCCAUAUGACUAUCUCUCUUUUAUCAAAACCUGCUCCCAAAUAGGAUCUGAAGUGGCCAGCAUCGUUUAAAUGACCAAUCAUAUUUCCCUAAGAGGCAUUUGCAUUUUUAACAAGGACUAGCACAUUAAGAGAAACUAUGAGAGAAUUCUCAGAGUGAAGCUUUGGGCAUCAGCAGGCAAGAGGGGAAGAGACUGUCUUAAAGAGAGUCGGCAGUGUCAUAAUCGAUCCCCUUCCUGCCAGAAUUCCAAGGGAAGGAGGUGCCCCAGUACUGAACAGCCACAGGUGAGGGCAGGAGACUGUCCAAGGAGACAUACUAUCAGGUUGGAAAAUUCAUGAAGUAUUUACAAGAGAAUUCAGGUUCCCCCUUGCUCAGGGUAUGAUCACGUGACUCAGAAAGCACAAGAAGUAGGGCCAGAAGGUCGGAUCUCAGAAGAUUCUGAGGGGCUGAUGCAGUGACUUCUCUGCCCCAGGUAAGGAGUCCUAGAACUGAGGCGUGGUUGGGGAGGGGCUGCAGGGAUGAAGAAGGAAGGAAGGCAUAAGUAAGUGGAGAUGCCACAGGGUGAGAUCAUUGGGAUGGAUAGGAAAGAAGAGUUUUCUAAUUUUUGAGGGUUUAAGGUUUCAGAAAGGGAGAAAGAAGGGGAAACAUAUUGCGUUUCUAUCCUUGACUGGGACACUGGGAGACAGUGACAGAGAGGGUGGUUGAUGAGUCAUGCUUUUUUGCCUAAUCAUCAGUGGAAGGAUGUGAGCUCUGGGUGCAGGAAACCCAAGAUCAACCUCACUAGGUCUUACAGGAAAUGUCUGUUAUCAAGGAAUGAGCAGAAUAAAGGCCUUGGGUGGACCAGGAGGACAUGAAAAUGUGUCUUCCUCAACUGAGGCUUACAGGGCUGACUGGAAGGUGGGGAGGAGGUGAAAUGGGAGUGGGAUGUCGAUGGGAGCCUGUGGUGGCAGAGUCACCAGCCACAGCCUGGGGUUCUGUUUGGUUCUCUUGGGCUGCAGAGGGCACAGACUCUGCUCAGCAGGCCUUCUCUACAGGAGUUGAGGCUGGCCUGAGAUGUGAGGUGGGUGUAGGGGUGGUAAGUGGGACAAUGCCUGGUACUUGGGACACCUAAGUGUUGACACAUAUCCAGCCUGUCUCCUGCUCUCUCCAGUCCAUGAUCUUUAGGAAUUAGGAAUGGGUAGGAGAAGCAGCAAUGUCUCUCAGUACUCAAUGGUCAGCAUUGGCUACCUUCUCUCUCUCCUCCUCCAUCCCAUGCCGGCACAUCUCCAACGUUCUGCAGCUGCUGUAGGGGAGUCUAUCAUGUGGGCACUGACAGCCCUCCUGCUCCUGGUUCCAAGCAAUGGGCAAGCUGCUACUCUGGAGAAGCCCAUUUUGUCUCUACACCCACCCUGGACCACAAUCUUCAAGGGGGAGCGGGUAACGUUGCGGUGUGAUGGGUACCACCCUCUGCUUUUGGAGCUCCGGCCCAUCAGCACUCUCUGGUAUUUGGGCCACCUACUCCUACCGUCUCACAAGAAGAGCAUUGAGGUGCAGACGCCAGGGGUGUAUCGGUGCCAGACAAGGGGAGCACCCGUCAGUGACCCCAUCCACCUCUCUGUGUCCAAUGACUGGCUGAUCCUGCAAGUGCCCUAUGCUGCGGUGUUCGAGGGCGAGCCGCUGGUCCUGCGCUGCCGUGGCUGGUAUGACAAAAUCGUCUACAAGCUUCACUACUACCACGACGGCCAGGCCGUGCGCUACUUCCACUCCAGCGCCAACUACACAGUGCCGCAGGCGCGCUCCAGCGACAGCGGGCGCUACCAGUGCUCGGGCACCAUGCGCAUCCCAGUGGAGAGCGCACCCAUGUUCUCCUCCAAGGUGGCGGUGACUGUGCAAGAGCUGUUCCAGGCGCCGGUGCUGAGGGUGAUGGGCCGGGGGGAGCCCCGCGGCGGGGUGGUCGUGCGCUGCGACACGCGCCUGCACCCGCAGAAGCGCGACACGCCGCUGCAGUUCGCCUUCUACAAGUACAGUCGCGCCGUGCGCCGCUUCGACUGGGGCGCCGAGUACACGGUCCCGGAGCCCGAGGUCGAGGAGCUGGAAUCGCACUGGUGCGAGGUGGCUACCGCCACCCGCAGCGUCCGGAAACGCAGCCCAUGGCUGCAGCUCCCAGGGCGGGGUUCUGCUCUGGAAUUGGCAUCCACCACCGCCCCCGUCCCACAGGCCGCAGCCUUGGCGCCUGGUAACAAGCCGCUUUCCUUCAGAAAGCCCCCGGUGUCCAGAUCGGUCCCAUCGGUCACCUCCGUCCCGAACACCACCUCAGCGGGGCUGCAGUUCCCCACGGGCAGAGCCCCCACUGCUGGGCCGCCGGCCUGUGCUCCGCGGACCCCCUUGGAACAAUCAGCGGGAGCCCUGAAACCCGACGUGGACCUUCUGCUCCGAGAAAUGCAGCUGCUCAAAGGCCUGUUGAGCCGGAUGGUCCUGGAAUUAAAGGAGCCACAGGCCUUCCCAGAGCACAGGGAAACAAUGGAGACCCUCAUUCUCCGCGUUCCUGUGAGCCCGGGAGCACCGGAGACCGCUACUGUGGAGAGCUGAGGUGGGGGAGGCGGCUACUGUCCCCUCUCCAACCUCAUUCAUUCCUGGUCUCUCCUGCUUCCCAUCACCGGUGACCUUUCAAAGCCAUCUGUUACAUCCCUUUGUCUCGCUGUGGUUUUUAAAGAAGGACGCAAAAAGUCUAGUGGCUGAUGAUUUCAGUCUUACACAGCAUAUCUGAGCAGUUUGUAACCACAAGGCCUUCCCUCUGCUUUCUUCCUUCCCCUCACAGAAUUCAGUAAGGAAGUAGAAACUUGUUGUUUACCGCUUAGAGGUUCACGUUUGGAAGUGAAUUUAGUCAUCCUUAGCUUUUCAUGUAAGCCCACCCAGUACAUAUCUCAGCACAAGCGAUAUUUUGGUACUUAAGGUCAUUCAGGUAACUGAGCUUUCUAGAACAUUUUAGAGUCAAGUUGUAGUUAUUCAUAAUGAAUUUAAUGUUACUUUAAAAAAGACUUUCAGUUCUAUUUCUGAUGACUUUAUACCCUCAAAGCCCUGGGUUCUUUUUAGUUUUAGAGAGGGAAAGGUAUUUGUCUCGGCCUCCCAUUCUGAGUCAUAAGGGUCAGAGUUUGGUAGACUGGUCCAGAUGUGCGUCCUGCCCCACUGUAGCUAGACAGACUCACGGGCUCUGGUAAUGGGCCAUGCUCAUUUUAGUCACAAAUUAAAUGAGUAGAAUUGCUUUGAGGAAUCUCUGAAGAAAGUUUAAGACAAAUCCUCAAAAUUGCUAAAUUCUAAUUUUUAGCAGUUUUUUUACUUCCCUAAGAGCCAUUCCAAGACGAACACACUUAGACACACAUGUGCACAGAUCUAUGUCCCAUCCUACAUGGAAACUUUAAUGUCACUUGAAGAAAAAAAAGCAAGAGACCAUUUCAAUCGCAGUUUCAGGGGGUGCGUCCUACAAGUCCCAUUUUCAUGGGUCUCCCAUCUGCCUACUAGAUUGGCUCUCUGCCAGGCUGGUGUGACUUGUUCCCGGGAAGUCUCACUCGCAUUGAGUCUGUACCCUUUAUCAGUUAAGCUUCAUUGUUAAGGUUUAGAACUGAUAACUCUAUUCUCCCAUCCUUUACUUCUGCGUUAUAGAUAUUCAGUCACAACACAAUUUCCUGUUUCUUUUUGAGUGAUUAACCAGAAUAACAUCAACAUACUUCCUAAUUUUCUUCUUAGUAUUAUCUUCACCAUGUUAUUAUUACAAAGUCACUGAAAUUACAUACAGAGAGAGGCAGGCAGGUACACACAUAAAUUGCAAUGCAAUGUGCUAAGUGCUUUAUGAAACACUACGGGAAUUCAGAGGAGGAAACUGAAUCUUGAAAGAACAGCAAGAAUUCACCAAGUAAAAAUGUGGAAAAGAUUGAGGGGUAGGGCAUGUAGGCUGAGGCUGCAAAGGCACGGAGGCAUAAAAGUUUGUGUUUGUAGAGCUGCAAAUAAUUGGGAGUGGUUGGAGAAUUAUGUGUGUUUAUGUGUUUGUUGGGGGGUGUAUUUUAGGGAGAAGCUGUCAGGAGAUGAAUGUGGGGAAGUAGAAAGGGAUCAGAAAUGGAAGUUUUGUUAGGAAGUCCUUUAGCCUGUUGAGUAUUUGGGAUAGAUAUUUGGAAGCGUUCCUGGGAUGAAGGCAUCAAUAAGUCUUACUGGAGGAGAUGCUGAUUUCAAGUUAAAAAAGAAGCACCAAGUAAACUGAUCUCAGUGGGUGCCUGCUGCUCCCUGAGAAGGUAUGUCCAGGCCCCUGUAGUCCAGUACUAGGGUUCUAGUUUACAAGGUUCUCUGUGACUCUGAUUUCCAGCUUUCUAAUGCAAGCUCAUCUCACUUCUGAGAACUCUCCUCCCAGGAAGACUUCUCUGCUAAUUCCCCUCUACUCCAGUGGCCAGGCUGUUUCCCUUCUGAUUUUGUUCCCUUGAUUUUCUGCCAUCCCUGAUCCAGACAGGAAGUGACUAGCAUUACUACCAAGAGACUUAGUAAUCAAAGGAUCCCAAGUCAUGAAAAAAAAAUCAGUUGAUCAUUUUUUAAGAGAGCAAAACAAUGAAAUCGCCACUCACAAGAGAGCUGGUAUGGCAGGGUCUCCUUCAUUUAUACCUUGUUAACAGCCACAAUAUCCUUCUUCCUUUCCUGCCACCUGCCUACAUUUAGAACUAGGGAUGUGGGGGCUGGGGAAGAACAAGGACUUACGAGUGAGAACAAAAAUCAUUCGUGACUCAAUUUUUUUGUGGGUGGAGGGAGAAGAAUUGACUUUUGUGCUCUCUAGACUCCGCUGUCUCUAAGCCCCCCAGCUCUCAUAGAUCAUCCUCUGCAAUAUCUGUUAAUGAUCUCCCAGAAAAACCUGCACUAAAGAAACAUCAGCUUUGCCUCAUUCAGCUUCUGUUUGAGGUCCCAACAUGCAUUUAGAGAAUCAGAAGGCUAGCUGGCCCAAGGGAGAAUCUCAGAGUUCAUUCCCAAGCAGCAAGGAUAGCAACAAGGAAAGCAGCAAGGAUAGAAACAUGCUGGAGAAGCCAGGGGAGGAAGCUGCUUCUCCCUGGUUCUCUGAUCAGUUCUGUGGCUCAGACUCAGGCUGCAGACCCUAAACUUACUGAUAUCCAUACGAGAUACCAAACAAGGAACCCAAAUGUCCUCCAGUAGAAGGGAUCCUGGCAAGUUCCAUUUGGAUCUCAGCCUUUCUCUUUUUUUUUUAAAGACUGGCACCUGAGCUAGCAACUGUUGCCAAUCUAUUUUUUUUUCUACUUUUUCUCCCCAAAUCCCCACAG